AUGGCCAGGUCUGAGUUGCAAUGCUGCUACUGGAUUUAUUACUACUCUAAAUUGAGGUGGUUAGAUCUUUCCAACAACACUAUUAGUGGAGAAAUUCCUAACUGGAUAUGGGGAAUUGGUAAUGGGCAACUCAUUGGCCUCAAUCUUUCUCACAAUCGUUUGACGCAUAUGAAAGAGCCAAUGGAAUACGGUUCUCUUACUUUCCUUGAUCUAAAUUCUAAUAUGCUAAGUGGACAGAUUCCACGACCACCACCUGAGGCACAGUAUUUAGACUUCUCCAACAACAAUUUCUCCAUGAUUCCUCUUGAUAUUGCUGAUCAAAUCCCAUAUCGCCUUUAUUUCUUUUCCAUUGCAAAAAAUAGAGUAAGUGGAAAGAUCUCAACUUCCUGGUGUCGAGCAGCCUAUCUGGAAGUGCUUGACUUGUCCCACAAUGCUUUGCAUGGCACAAUACCAUCAUGUCUGCUUCAAAAUAACAGCAAUCUCGCUGUAGUGAAUCUUAGAGGAAAUCAUUUAAGUGGUGAGAUAUCACUGAAGUUUCAACAGAGUUGUUCUUUAGACGCAUUGGAUCUUAGUCAAAAUCUCUUAGAAGGGAAAGUUCCUCCCUCCUUGAUCAACUGCACAGAGCUUAGGAUCUUAAAUCUUGGAAACAACAAAAUAAGUGAUACCUUUCCUUGUUGGCUCAAUAAAUUGUCAAAUCUGCAAAUUCUUGUAUUGCAUUCCAAUCAUUUUCAUGGAAGCGUUUCUUGUCCCAUGCUUGGGGUAAACAACAGCUGGCCAAGUUUACAAGUCAUUGACCUAUCUUCCAAUAAUUUCAGUGGACAUAUACCAACUGAUUUAUUCUUGGCAUUAAAAGCUAUUUUGGUUGAGAGGAAUGAAUUAAACUCAAAGGCUGACAACUUGUAUUUCACAUCAUUUCUAGAAGUUUGGAUUUACUAUCAAGAUUCAGUCAUACUGUCUAUAAAAGGACAAAGAUACACUAUAGAGAAGGUUCUAUCUACCUUCACUUCUAUUGAUUUUUCAAGUAAUCAAUUUGAAGGCAGUAUACCAGAGAGUGUUGGAGAGCUUAAACAGCUUUAUCUCCUUAACAUCUCUCANUUAAUUAAACUUAAAAUAUGUUCAUAUCACAACACUCUGAAUUAA